CCUAAAAUAGCCUUUGACUUAGGUUUAGACACUAAAAGUCCAGACAAUCGCUCAUCCAUUUUGGGGAAAAAUGAAUUGAUUUCUUCGCAAACGAACGACAAUUUGACUGAAGACGGAACUGAUUCACAGCAAGAGUCGGGAACGGGUCCUAACACGCCAUUAGUGGACGAGCCGUCGGACAUAUACGACGGCGCUGGAGAGCCGACUGGCCCAACGGAUGUGAACCCUGUGUUAUCAUUAGCUCAAUAUCCCACUCAAUCAAUGCCGCAAACUUUGCAGACAUACCCUCCGCGCUCACGACCACCACUCGGUCCGCAAACAAUACGUCCCAUUCGGACAAUAGGACAGCAAAACCCCAGUCUAUUGGGACGAAACCCUAUACUACCUCCACCUCGAGGUCCGUACCCUCCCAGGCCUGGUAUGAAUCAACCCUUUCGACCGAUGCCGGGCGGCUCUUAUCCAAUGGCAAUGAGUCACGGAAUGCCUCCCUAUGGAUAUCCGCCUCAAAUGAGGCCUCCCGCGUACGACCCAUACGGAUAUAUGGGUCCCCGAUCUCAACACAUGGGUCCUCUGCACCAUACGAUGGGAAUGCACGGUAUGCCUGAAGCGCCCCCACCCGGUUCUGCGCCAAUCAGUGCUGAUCCUCACUAUCCAUACGCACCCACCGAUUACGACGACUACGAGGACCGACUCAACCGUUUCACUCGACAACUGGAGUCCCGACCCACACGUCGACCCAAACGGCGAAGCGUUUCGCGAUCGCGUAGUCGACACACCCGAAGCCGUUCCUCGUCCUCGUCGUCUUCAGGUUCCUCUUCGUCCACAUCCCGUUCCUCGCGCUUCACAAUGAGUUCCAGAAGUUAUAGCGGAUCCUCCCGGAGUCGAAGUUAUUCGCCGCGAAGGAGGUCCCGAUCGCGUGACCGUCGCUACCGACGCCGCUCACGAACGCCGUCGCCUCGUUAUAGGGGUUCACACCGUGAUUACAGAUACCGGCGCUCCCGCUCCCCAUACGACGCGCGCCGCCAUGACGACAGAACUCACAGUCGAUACCCGAAGGAUAGGCCCAAAGACAAGGAGAGGGAAAGGGAUCCCAAGUAUCGCGACUCGAGAAGCGGUCGUAACGAACGCACCGAACCGUCGAGUCGUUCAGCGCAU